CUUUCCGCGGGGAAGCGGCCGCCCGGCGCCUUCGCUUCCCGAGCGCGCCAGCCUCGCCGUCCCCUCCGCGGGUUCGCUUCGGUUUCCAGCGAGCAGCGGGCUCGAAAUUUGCUCCUUCCUUGUUUCUGUCGCUUCCCGGCAGUCUCCGCCUUCCGUGCUUACUGUAAGCCCCGCAGCUCCUUCCCUGCCCCGCCGGAGCAGGCGCAGGACGGCCGGAGGGCGUGUGCCAGGGACGGGCACCGGGUCACAGCCCCGCACCUCUCGCUGGCCACCUCCAUGCCCGACACCCCUCCUCUUCCCCCCGGCAAGAAGGUCUCCGGAGCCGGCCAGGAUGGCGCAGUGGAACCAGCUGCAGCAGCUCGACACGCGCUACCUGGAGCAGCUCCACCAGCUCUACAGCGACAGCUUCCCCAUGGAGCUGCGGCAGUUCCUGGCCCCGUGGAUUGAGAGCCAGGACUGGGCGUACGCCGCCAACAAGGAGUCGCACGCCACGCUGGUGUUCCACAACCUGCUGGGGGAGAUCGACCAGCAGUACAGCCGCUUCCUGCAGGAGUCCAACGUCCUGUACCAGCACAACCUGCGGCGCAUCAAGCAGUUCCUGCAGAGCAGGUAUCUGGAGAAGCCGAUGGAAAUAGCUCGCAUCGUGGCUCGCUGCCUCUGGGAAGAGUCCCGGCUCCUGCAGACGGCUGCCACCGCAGCCCAGCAAGGAGGGCAGGCGACGCAUCCGACAGCAGCCGUGGUGACAGAAAAGCAGCAGAUGCUGGAGCAGCACCUGCAGGAUGUGAGGAAGAGGGUGCAGGAUCUGGAGCAGAAGAUGAAAGUGGUGGAGAAUCUCCAGGAUGACUUUGAUUUUAACUACAAGACUUUGAAAAGCCAAGGGGACAUGCAGGAUCUGAACGGGAACAAUCAGUCGGUGACGCGACAGAAGAUGCAGCAGCUGGAGCAGAUGCUCACCGCGCUGGACCAGAUGCGAAGGGGUAUUGUAAGCGAGCUGGCUGGCCUGCUGUCAGCCAUGGAGUACGUGCAGAAGAUGCUGGCAGACGAGGAGCUGGCAGACUGGAAGAGACGGCAGCAAAUUGCUUGCAUCGGUGGCCCACCAAAUAUCUGCUUAGACCGGCUCGAGAACUGGAUAACCUCUCUUGCCGAAUCGCAGCUACAGACCCGGCAGCAGAUCAAGAAGCUGGAAGAGCUGCAACAGAAAGUGUCCUACAAGGGCGACCCCAUCGUCCAGCACCGGCCCAUGCUGGAGGAGCGGAUCGUGGAGCUCUUCAGGAACCUGAUGAAAAGCGCCUUCGUGGUGGAGAGGCAGCCCUGCAUGCCCAUGCAUCCCGACCGGCCCCUGGUCAUCAAAACCGGCGUGCAGUUCACCACCAAAGUCAGGUUGUUGGUGAAGUUUCCGGAGCUGAAUUACCAGCUGAAAAUCAAAGUCUGCAUCGACAAGGACUCUGGUGAUGUCGCAGCACUGCGGGGGUCCCGGAAGUUUAACAUCCUGGGGACAAACACCAAGGUCAUGAACAUGGAGGAGUCCAACAACGGCAGCCUCUCGGCGGAGUUCAAGCACCUGACCCUGCGGGAGCAGCGGUGCGGGAACGGAGGCAGAGCCAACUGUGAUGCCUCGCUGAUUGUGACCGAGGAGCUGCACCUCAUCACCUUCGAGACGGAGGUGUAUCACCAGGGGCUGAAGAUCGACCUGGAGACCCACUCGCUGCCCGUGGUGGUCAUCUCGAACAUCUGCCAGAUGCCCAAUGCCUGGGCGUCCAUCCUGUGGUACAACAUGCUGACCAACAACCCCAAGAACGUCAACUUCUUCACCAAGCCCCCCAUCGGGACGUGGGACCAGGUGGCGGAGGUGCUGAGCUGGCAGUUCUCCUCCACCACCAAGCGAGGCCUCAGCAUCGAGCAGCUGACGACGCUGGCAGAAAAACUUCUCGGGCCAGGUGUGAAUUACUCGGGCUGUCAGAUCACCUGGGCCAAGUUCUGCAAGGUGCGAUUCCCUCUUCCCCCCCCGGUGCCUCCGCUUGGCCGCCUCCCCCCCUCCGAGCUGUCCUCCCAGCCUCUCUGCUCUCUUCCGCAGGAGAACAUGGCUGGGAAAGGCUUCUCGUUUUGGGUCUGGCUGGACAACAUCAUUGACCUGGUGAAGAAAUACAUCCUGGCGCUGUGGAACGAAGGGUACAUCAUGGGCUUCAUCAGCAAGGAGCGGGAGCGAGCCAUCCUGAGCACCAAGCCUCCGGGCACCUUCCUGCUGCGCUUCAGCGAGAGCAGCAAGGAGGGCGGCAUCACCUUCACCUGGGUGGAGAAGGACAUCAGCGGGAAAACCCAGAUCCAGUCCGUGGAGCCUUACACCAAGCAGCAGCUGAACAGCAUGUCGUUCGCCGAGAUCAUCAUGGGCUACAAGAUCAUGGACGCCACCAACAUCCUGGUGUCCCCCCUGGUGUACCUGUACCCGGACAUCCCCAAGGAGGAGGCGUUCGGGAAGUACUGCCGCUCCGAGAGCCAGGAGCACUCGGAAGCUACUGACUCAGGUAGUGCUGCUCCCUAUCUAAAGACCAAGUUCAUCUGUGUCACCCCCACCUCCUUCAGCAACACCAUCGACCUGCCCAUGUCCCCGCGCACCCUGGACUCGCUCAUGCAGUUCGGCAACAGCAGCGAGGGAGCCGAGGCCAACGCGGGCGGCCAGUUCGAGUCGCUGACCUUCGACAUGGAGCUGACCCCGGAGUGCGCUUCUUCACCGAUGUGACGUGCUGCCCCCUGCUCGCGGGGCCCCCCCGGCUCGGGCUGCCCGGCUCCCCGUCGUCCCCCGGUCUCACCCCGUUAGGUCUCGUCUGCUCUGGGCCUUUUCUCGGGAGGAGCUGGGGGCCGUGAUCCCUGCCACCGCCUCCUCCUUUGACCCGCCCGAACACCCCCCUCUCGGCGGUGGUGCUGGUUGUUGUCUCUUUUGGGGGGGGGGCGAGGGGGGGGUCGAACCUUUUUCUAUGUCCUUCCGUACCAGUUUUUUUUUUUUUUUUUUUUUUUAUCCUUGUUUUGCUCAUUCAAGUGCCUCUCAGCCUCCAAUCGCAGCCUCGGUUCUUACCAACGCUUCCGCAGCCCCUGCCGUGCUGCUGAACGCUGCUCCCCCGACCGCCGGUGCCCAAAACCCCGCGGCCGUCCCGCGAGCCUGGAUUCUCCUCCGCGGGGCUGAGAAGGGCACCAGCCAGCCCUAAUCUCCUCCGGGGGGGUCACCCGCUGUGCCACGGGUCCCCCCCAGCAGCCCCCCGGCAGCUGGCGGAGGGGGCUCACCUCUGCGCCUCCCGCUGGCCCCAGGACCCGCGAGCGGCUCCGCGCUGAGCCCAGUUGUCCGUCCCCGUCCUCGGGGGCUCUGCCGGGAGCAGGGAGCUUCGGUAGCUGCCCGUGCUGGCCGCUGCCCUCCUGCUGCGGGCAGAAAGACGCGGUGAGAUGCGGCAGCCCCGGGCACGGCCGCUUUCCCUGCUGGGCAGAGCCCCCUGGGGAACGGGGGCGAAGCGUCCCAGCACCGGCGCGUGCCCGUGAGCGCGCAGCGAUUGCAUCUCGGGUCUCUUUUGGGACCAGCGGUGCGUGGUCGGGCUCGGCCCUCUCCCCUCCGACAUGGCUCGUGGUGGCCUGGGCAGGGGGCUUGCAGCUCCUCGGGGGCUUCGUGUGGCACCGAGGCUGGGGUCGGCUGUGGCUGUGAUGCUAGGAGGUGGCGAGGGUUGGAGGGAGCGGGGCGGAUGAAGGGGAGGAGGCUGCUGGGGGCCGUAGGAAGGUGAUGCUGCAGCUCCAGGAGGGUUGGAGAAGCUGCUCUGUGCUCCCCCGGCCCGGGGCAGCCCUCCUGCCCUUCCCGUGCACAGGCUUUUGGGUUCAGCCCCGGUCUGAACGAGAUGCUGGUGGGCAAGGGGAUGCGGGGAGAGGCAGCGUUAGAGUAGCUGGGAGCCCUUUUUGGUACCGGGGGCUGUGGGGUGGCACGGGGGUGCGUGCACUUUGGGGCAGAGCGGUGGGACCCAGAGGUGCUGGUACCAGCAGAGACGUCUUAGUGGGGGCAGCAGCACGGGGGUGUGCAGGUCUUGGUUCGGGGGGGUGGGGGAGGGAUGCUCAGCUGUCCGUACCCGUGACACUGUGGGGCAGGGGGGCUCUGCCUGGUGGCUUCGGGGCACGGCUCUGGCUUUUCUACCCGUAGUAGUGCCGGGGUGCCCGCACAGCCCUCCUGCCCCGCUGGGCUGUGCUGGUCAGGAUCAGGCAGGGAGCCAGAGGGCAGUGUCGUGGGCAGGGCAGGAUCCGUCCCGUGCCCCGGGAAAGGGGGAAGAGGGCUGCAGAGUUGGUCGUGGCCCCCCUUGGGGCCAGGAUGGUGGCCCUUUGGAGUCGGUAGGUGCUCAGAGGGGACGAGGGGGGAUGCCCGUUGCUUGUCCCCGUGCUGGCGCGUAGCUGCCUCCAGCUGCAGUCACCGUAGCCCUGGGCAACUUUCAAUACUGUAAAAAAUUUUAUUUUUUUGUAUAUUGUAUUGCUGUAUCUACAGGCUUUAACUUUCUCCAAAAUAAAAGGCUCUGAAGCGA